AUGUUUACAUCAUUGUCAGGCUUUGACUUUUGGCAGCCGAACAUAGCCCUACCGUACGUGGCUUUGGAAGACAAUAUCGGUGUUGGUGAAUGCUGGGAAUUCACUGGUGCCCAUGGCUAUCUCGCCGUACAUUUGCCAGAGCCAAUUGUGAUUUCCCAGUUUAGUCUGGACCAUGUGGCACCAGACAUCAUUUCCGAAAUGUCAGCACAACGAGCACCAAGAGACGUCAUCCUCUGGGGCCUUCUUGACGAGGCUCACACAUUAGCGCUUCAUAAUGUCACUGGCUUCAGGUCGCCAUUCUAUUUCAGCAAUACGGGUCUUCUACCUACGGCAUUCAACCCUACGGACAAAUUUGUGGAGAUUUCUUCCAUGAAAUACAACCUGGGUGCCUUGGACUUCCGCCAAUACGAGACUACUUUCUUGAAUGUCUCUGUACAAACAAUUGUCUUGGAAAUUCUUUCGAACUUUGGUGCCCCUACUACAUGUUUAUACUUUCUAGGCAUUUACAGUUGA